AUGAUGAACUACGAGUUACAGGUUGGUACAGUGUCACUUUAUGGGAUCCAAAUCGUAUCAUUGGUGAUAGAAGGUCAAGAAAGACUCUGUUUAGCUCAGAUAAGUAAUACAUUACUCAAGCAAUUCAGCUACAAUGAAAUUCACAAUAGACGAGUUGCUCUUGGAAUCACAUGCGUACAAUGCACACCGGUACAACUCGAAAUUCUUAGAAGAGCUGGAGCCAUGCCUCCAUCUUCGAGACGUUGCGGAAUGAUUACAAGACGUGAAGCUGAAAGACUUUGUAAAUCAUUUCUGAGUGAUAACACGCCACCAAGGUUACCUGAAGAUUUUGCAUUUUCCGUCUAUCACGAAUGUGCGUAUGGUUGUAGAGGGGCUUUUCUACCAUCACGAUAUAAUAGCUCUCGUGCAAAAUGCAUCAAGUGCUCCUGUUGUGGACUUUUUUUCUCACCGAACAAAUUUAUAUUCCACUCGCAUCAAUCAAGCUCUAAUAAUAAAUUCGUUCAACCUGAUGCAGCAAAUUUUAAUUCUUGGAGACGUCACAUGAAACUUUUAGGAAAUCCUCCGGACAACAUUGUUCAUGCUUGGGAGGACGUUAAAGCUAUGUUUAAUGGUGGAACGCGAAAACGAUUACUCAGUCAUAGUGGUCCACGUAAUUCAAUGGAAACAAUUAAACAAAUGAAUUCGGUUUCACCUAGUGCAGUUACUCUAGAUAGCAAUACACAGCCCAUUACCGCAUCAACUACUCCAGUCAAUUUGACGCGUGUAUCAUCAUUCUCAGAUAUACCUCUAUCGUUGCCACGCAAUUUCGUAAUGGACUACAUGUGGCAUCAACAUCAUCAAGCGACUGCAGUCGUUGCUGCUUCUAAAAAUUCAGGAUUUACUUUUGCACCUUACACGUUGCCCUGGUUUGCCAAACAAGGGACAGCUCUCUUUCCAGGACAUCUUAAAGCUCCAUUGAAUGAUAAUUCACCAACUGAUGUUUUUCUGCCUCCAGUUACAUCGUCACCACUCCAUUCGUCAGCCUUUCGACCUGUCAUCAAACCAUCUCCAAUUAUUUAUUCCAUUCCACAAAGGGAUAUUGUAGAAACUGUUUCACAUAAAGCAGAAGAUACAGAUGACGAUAUUGAUAUUGAAACAACUGAAGAUAGUGUGUCAUCUAUAGCUCAUUUUGAAGAUAUUAAAAAUCCUCCUCAUAUAUCAAACGAUGAAACCGUUUAUAAUCCACAAAUAUCACUUUGCUGGAGUCCAGCUCAGGAAAUGAUAUUACUGUCGGAAAAAUUGAUAAGUCAGCAAUACUCAGUGUAGGUAUUGGCGAACAUCGACUGUACAAA